AUGAUCUACAUGCCUGUUGAUAUUGGCCGGGCGCGAGUGUCAAGCUUCGGGGAAUUCUCCCGUUUGUCUCGUGUUAGCCUUGGCGAUCACCUCGGUGUCAUCCCAAUUGAAGCUGUGAACACAAUCAAGGGAGUGCGCAAACACGAGCUCAAUGGAUCCUAUGAAGCACUGAACGUGGGACUAAUAGGUGAUGCAAUGGAUGAUAUUGUCGGGGGUUUGACGGAAUCCUAUUGUCUGGCGCCAGGCGAAGACCAGGGUAUGCGACCCCCUCCAGAAAUCGACGACAUCCUCAUCAAGGCGUUUGAUCGACGAAGUCUGAUAACAGCGCGAAUAAAGACAGAGGCGAUGCUUUUACGACGCAAAGCGGCAAAAGCCAGCGUGCUAAAUGUCAGUGUUGCCCAUCGAACUGGUUUGGGAACAUUAUUCGAUGUUAUCUAUCUGCUGCAAUCAGCUGAUACUUCAGGUGCCUUGAUGCUCGCGUCAUGCAGCAUUGCUCUGCAGCUACACGGUGUCGUUUUUUCUCACAUGGAACUGGGAAUGUCCACUCGCCUAGAGCGAGAGUGA